UAUCAAGUGCAACUCGAAUAGCGUUCCGCGACAUUGAUGCCUACGACAUUUGCUUGACGUGUUCAGAUCAGACGCCUGCAAAUCUCGAUAUCGCAUACAUCUCCACAGACACAGGCAACCGUGCCACGAGCGAUGCGUGUUCUCUUCUGGUCAAUUUGAACGGGACAUGUAGCUAUAUCCCACCCACUACAACUUCGCACACGUCGCGCCCACCUCGCAUUAUACACACGUCCACACAUAAACCGUCGCAAUGUCGAGCGAAGACAGCGAAUUUGACGCUGCAACCCUCCACCAGGAUGCGCCCACAAGCCUCGACCCUCGACCCAUCACCGUCGCAGUAAACCCAGUAGCGCUGGUGGUCACAGAAUGUAUCACAGUUACUUCUGCUAUGCGGAAGCAUGCUCGCUGGGCGCAUUCAUCGGUCGCAGCGAUCCUAGGCGGGUCAUCGAACAAAACGCCUGCUGUCCAACGGCGGGACCGUACCGGACAGGGCAUAAUCAGCGGUGGAGAGCAAGAGGAGGCUGUACCCAGCAGAUGGGGCUUACGGGGGAAGAAAGGGAAGAGCAUGCAGGACAAUCCCCUCAUGUCUGCAUUUGCGCGCCUCAGGAAUGAUCUGAAGGGUUGUAAAGAUAUUCGAACCUUCGAUACCCCUUCGAUGCUGCACCCCUUCCUCCAGGUCAUUAGAUCCUCAUCUACAUCUGCGCCGAUUACGUCGCUCGCCCUUAUCGCAAUCACCAAGUUUCUCUCGUACGGUGUCAUUAGCCAUGACUCUCCCCGGCUCCCCGAAGCCAUGCAGCAGCUCUCCUCCGCCAUAACACACUGUCGCUUCGAAGCGAGUGACUCGGCCGCUGACGAGAUCGUACUUCUUCGCAUAUUGAAGCUCAUGGAGGGCAUGAUUUCCGGGCCUGGAGGGCAGGUUCUUGGCGAUGAGAGUGUAUGCGAAAUGAUGGAGACAGGACUGAGCAUGUGUUGUCAGGCAAGACUUUCUGAACUGCUUCGCCGUUCCGCAGAGAUUGCGAUGGUAUCCAUGUGCCAGGUUAUAUUCCGCAGACUGAAGACGCUUGAGAUAGAGUCUCCAGAGGAAUUGGAUGCGCUAGACGAAGAGCUAGAAGGGCAGAAAGAGCCAGACGGGUUGAAGAUGGAUCCAUCUGCGAACGGUCAGGGCGACGUUGCGCAGUCCAAGGUCGAAGCGCCUCAGCAACCUAGCACAUCCGAGGGAGGGCAGGACGAUCGUGAAGACACCGCCAAUCCUGCAAGCAGUACCCUCGAUCUACCGGCGACAGCGGAGGGCGAACAGCCUCCUGCAGAAAUCAAGUCGUACUCACUGCCCUCGAUACGGGAGCUGUUCAGGGUGCUAGUUGAUUUACUGGAUCCCCAUGACCGUCAACACACCGAUACCAUGCGCGUAAUGGCGCUACGCAUCGUCGACGUUGCGCUUGAAGUUGCUGGACCCUCGAUAGCCAGCCACCCAAGCCUUGCAAACUUGGCAAAGGACACCCUCUGCCGACACUUGUUCCAGCUAGUCAGGUCGGACAACAUGGCCGUUCUGAAUGAGUCGUUGCGUGUUACGGGAACGCUGCUCGCUACUUGCAGAAACGUACUUAAGCUGCAGCAAGAGCUCUAUCUUUCCUACGUUGUUGCUUGCUUGUUUCCACGAGUUGAGAUACCCCUGGAACCCGGUAUCGAUCAAUCCCUGUACGAGGGAGUUCCGCAAGCCCCAAGUCUGGUCAAGUCUCCGCCACAGCAAGCGCCCGCCAGUGGUCGCUCAACGCCAGUACCUGUCAAAGAUAGGCGGCAGCUUGGCCUCGAAGGCGGUGCUCGAAAGCCUGAUGCCAGGGAAGCCAUGGUCGAGAAUCUCGGUGGCCUUGUGCGGAUACCCUCAUUCAUGGCUGAAUUGUUCGUCAACUAUGACUGCGAGACCGACCGUGGCGAUGUGUGCAUGGACAUCGUUGGUCUACUCUCACGUAACGCCUUCCCUGACUCAGCGACAUGGAGCACAGUCAACGUACCUCCGCUUUGCUUAGAUGCAUUGCUGGGGUUCGUACAGUCGAUAGCGGAUCGUUUGGACGACGAACCUGUCACUGAAGGGUUCCGGAGUCCCCAGGAACUGCGUGAGCAGCGUUUGCGAAAGAAGAUUAUCAUUCGCGGAGCUGCAAAGUUCAACGAGAAGCCCAAGGCUGGCAUCGCAUUCCUAGUAUCGCAAGGCAUCAUAUCUGAUCCAGACGACCCAGUCGCUAUAGCUAAAUUUGUCAAGGGCACAACGCGAGUCGACAAGAAAGUAUUGGGAGAGUUCAUCUCUAAGCGCGACAACGAGCCUAUACUGAAGGCCUUUAUGAAGCUCUUCGACUUCCGAGGGUUGCGUCUUGAUGAGGCGUUGAGGUUGCUCUUGCACUCCUUCCGUCUUCCUGGCGAGUCAGCGCUCAUUGAGAGGAUUGUCACCGAUUUCGCUGAGGAGUAUUUUGACGCUGCGCAACCAGAGGAGAUCGCCAACAAGGACGCCAUUUUUGUGCUCACGUAUGCUGUGAUCAUGUUGAAUACUGAUCAACACAAUCCCAACCUCAAAGGCGACAAGCGCAUGAAGCUCGAAGACUUCGGAAAGAACCUUCGAGGCGUCAACGAUGGUAAGAACUUUGAUCCUGAAUAUCUGCAGGCAAUGUACGAAUCCAUCAAGACACGCGAAAUCAUUCUUCCCGAGGAGCACAACGACCGUAACGCCUACGACCACGCCUGGAAGGAACUACUAGUCAAAGUUCAGUCGACUUCGAACUUGACCAUCUGCGAUACAAACAUCUUCGAUGCCGACAUGUUCGCAGCAACGUGGAAGCCAAUCGUGGCCACGCUAUCGUACGUCUUCAUGUCUGCAACAGAUGACGCUGUCUUCUCGCGUGUUGUGCUAGGCUUCGAUCAGUGCGCACAAAUCGCUGCCAAGUAUGGCUUGAGCGAUGCACUGGAUCGAAUCAUCUCGAGCCUUGCCUACAUCAGUACAUUGGCGCCUGAUGUGCCGCCCAGCACGUCACUCAACACUGAAGUCCAGGCCGACAAGAAGAGCGUCAUGGUUAGCGAGACUGCCGUACGCUUCGGUCGAGAUGGCAGAGCACAGCUCGCAACCGUAGUUCUGUUCCAGGUCAUCAAGGGCAACGAAGCGGGCAUCCGAGAUGGGUGGAAUCAUCUUAUCCGCAUCAUGAUUAACCUCUUCAUUAACUCUCUCAUCCCACCCUACUUCCUCUCCUUUCAGAAGACGCUUGCACUGCCUCCGAUACCGCUUCAGAACCCUGCCCAAGUUAUCGAUCGAGCCGAGCGUCCAGCUGAUGCAGGCAUCUUCUCAGCGUUCACAUCAUAUGUUUCGAGCUUCGCCAAUGAUGAGCCACCAGAGCCGUCAGACCAGGAAAUCGAGUAUACGCUUUGCACUGUUGACACAGUGAAGGAGUGUCACUUCGAGGACAUUCUCGCCAACAUUAGUCAACUGCCCAUCGAGGCGCUGCGUUCACUGCUCCAGUCCUUGCUUGAGCACAUCCCGGAGGAUGGCGAGCCAAGGGUAAUUGUGGUCAAGCCAGAGGUUCCUGGGCAAGUCCCUCGACCAAAUGGCAACAAGGCUAAGGGAAAGGGCCCAAUCUACGAUCCUAGCCUUGUCUUUGUUCUUGAGCUGGCGACAGUGCUUGCACAGCGCGACGAGGAGACUGUCAAAGAGCUUGCGAAAGAUGUCACGGAUGCACUAUCAAGUGUCAUUCGCGAUGCAUCCAAACAUCAUCCUGUCGUCAUCGCCCGGUCAGUCUACUACCUCCUUGGGCUUCUCAAGGCUAGCAACGACUAUGACUUCAUCCGUGCGCCAGUGCUCUUGCACACAUUCUCGAGCUUCGACGAAGCUUUGCUCAAGCAGUGUUCGCAGCCACUUCUCCACGGUCUGUCGGAAUGCUGCAAAGGACCGGUUGCUCUUCGCAGUGAACUGGCUGGCUCGCCAGACUUCUGGACGAUUCUUAGUCGUCUGUGUGGCGUGCCAGAAGCAGCUGGCGACGUCUUCCAGCUUGUUGAAGACCUCACUACGUCUCCUCAACCUUGCAUCACCGCAGAUAACUACGAAGCAACUAUUGCGCUCCUCAAUGAGUUUGCCACACAGGCGCAGGUGGGCGCACGCGAAGAACAACUCCAUGACCAGGCUCGACGCGGCAAGGGCCAGAAGGCCAAGAAGCCCGAAAGCGCUGAAGUUGUUGUGCGCGGCAGCAAGGCGAUGACCAUCGUAUUCCAGCUGUCAACCAAGGUCCCGGCGUUUAUCGAGCACUCACACCUCGAGACCACAGAAGCAUGGACAGCAUAUUGGUCACCGAUCCUCAAAACGCUUGCCCACCAAUGUCUCAACCCCUGUCGCGAGAUCCGUUCCAACGCCUUCUCGUCCAUCCAGCGUACCCUGCUCUCGUCGGAUCUCGCAUCCCCCGACCACAAAGAAUGGACUGCAAUCUUCUCUUCCGUCCUCAUGCCUCUCAUUACACAGCUCCUCAAGCCCGAGGUUUAUCAAUCCGAUCCCCUCGGUAUGAGUGAGACCCGCGUCCGCGCUGCCACCCUGCUCUCGAAGGUGUUUCUACACUACCUCGUGUUGCUGAACGAAGUCGAAGCCGAUAAGGAAUUCCUCGAUCUGUGGCUGAAGAUCAUAACCAUUAUGGACCGGCUGGUCAACAGCGGCCAGGGCGACAUGGAAGAAGCGGUCGGCGAGAACCUCAAGAACAUGCUUCUCGUGCUAUCCAACGGCGGCUAUCUCGUUCCGCCCGAUGAGGAGCCCGCGAAAGAGCAGCUGUGGAACGAGACAUGGAAGCGUAUCAAUAGGUUCCAGCCCGAGCUGUUCAAGGAGCUGUUCCCCGAGGAGGCGGGCAAGCCCAAGAAAAGCAGGGAUGAGCGGAGGAGUAGGGACGACCGGCCCAAGGACGCAGUCGUUGAGCCACAGGGGGAGACUACAGAGAUGGUCGUUGGAGAGGGCAAGAAGGAGGAGGAUGAGAAGGAGGGUUAGGAGCUCUUCCGUCUCGGCGAGUGUUGAGUUGAGGUAAUGCGUGUAUUGGGUGCCGACGCCAAUCAAGAAAGAUAUUAUAGAGCCCUUUGCUGUAUCAUUUUCCUGUACUAUGCAUUGUAUAAUUUUCAUAUUUGACUUUUCUAGCGUAUUAACAGGCACAUAGCGCACUUCUAACCAACAGUCUCUCGCCGUUUAGUC